AUGCUUCUUGCACAGCGCUGCGAGAUCUGCCACCCAACGCACAGCAAGGCGAGGGGAGAUCAGCGCUUCCCAUUCGUUCCCCAUCCGCCCGCCCGUGCGCUUUUCUGGGCGUCAGGGUGCCUUGUAGUCAGGGUCGAUUUUCACUCCUGGCCGAAAUGGAAGGCGCUCAGAGGCGGCCAGCACUUCGCUCGCUCCCCUGUGCUGCGCGCCCUGGAGCCGCCAAGCAGCCUGCAAAGAGAAGGCGGAGGGGAGCACCCCUGCUUGGUGGCAAAGCGCGCUGCGCCAACUUCUCCUCCACCACCACCGCCGCCCUGGAGCUCCUCCUAUCAAAGGCUGACGAAGAGAGCUGCAAUUGGAAGACAGCUGCAGCGAAUCCGGAACGCCACUUUCCUUUGCGCACAAAUUCAAAUUGCCGCGGGUGCUACCCAGAGCUCCUCCAAACAUUUCCCGUCGGUUUUGCUCUUGCAGAAAGCGCGUGCAGAGCACGGACCAACCUCUGCAGGAAAGAUGGAAGCCAGGUCGGAAUCUGAGGAAGAGCAUUUGAACUCUCUACACCCGCAAAAGGAGCAAAAGGAGGCAUCAGCACCUCCCAAGAUCUGGAAAUACCGAUCAGUUAAAGAUAUUCUCAUAGGUAUCCUUGUUUUCCUGGUCAUCACGCUUACCAUUACUAUUAUAGCAGUGACAGCCCCCAGAGAUGCUGAGCCGCCGGGUCAUCGGCUGGUUCCCUCCGCACUCUGCGGUCCACCAUGUCCACAUCGCUGGAUUGGCUAUGCGGGAAAGUGCUAUCACUUUUCGAAGAUGAAAAUGAAUUGGAACUCCAGCAGCAGCUACUGCAAGUCACACAAUGCCUCCUUGGCUAGGAUUGGAAGUGAAGAGCAGGAGUUUGUGAAGCAUCUCACAGGACCACAUUACUUCUGGAUUGGUCUCAGAAGAGACCCAGGUCAACCCUGGAAAUGGCUAAAUGGAGAAAAUUCAACGCUCAGAAUCGCAGACACAGGUGGGGAAUGUGUCCAUCUCGACGAGAAAGCCACAGCCUCUGCCUCUGGCUGCCACACAGAACUUCCUUGCAUCUGCAGCAAACCUUCCGCAUGUACAAGUCCUAAUUGUUUAUCGGCCUUGUAGCCCAAACGCUGGAGGAGAGCUGGAGUGAGUGAGUCAAUUCAUCCAUGCAUAUACCUACUCCUCGGGCUACAAGUCAAGAAUAUAAGGAGCCAAGGUGACAAAUUGAUGAACCGGGUAGGAUACCAUCCUAAGCACGGCUAGGAACUCCAGCACAUGACAGCGCUGAGCCAGUUUGCUGUAGUGGUUAGAGUGUUGGACUAGGACCUGCGAGACCAGGGUUCAAAUCCCCGCUCAGCGACGGAAUUCGCCACGACACCUUGGACCCAGACACUGUCUCUCAGACUAACCUACCUCCCAGGGUUUUGAGGAUGAAAUGGGGUGGGGAAGAACCCUGUUUGUUGCCUUGAGCUCCACGGAGGAACACGUAGAUUAUGAAUGUAACGCUAAAGAGAGAAAAUUAAUAUUUCUAAUUUUUUAACGUCAGCUCCUUUGUAACAAAACUUUCUAAUAAAUAUUGCUUUAUAGUAUUUUGGAUCUUCAACCACUUGUAUUAUAUUGUCCAUAAACCUAGAAAUCCAGAGCCCCUUGUGAGUAGACAGAAUAAAAAAUGCUUGUGGGUCAUAGAACUUCAGU